UUCAAACUCUGUACCAGUGUACCCAUCUUCUGAAUGAAUUUCUGAUUGCUCCCCACCAUUCCUUCCGGUGAUGGAGAAGGAUCGCAGGAGAACCAACUCCAGGGCGCCGGCCAUGAAGGCGUCCACCAACGCGGCUACCCCAGCUGCCAACAGGAACAGAAGCCAGGCAAGGAGGGAUAGGAAAAUAACGCUGCAGCAAGACGUGGAGAAGCUGAGGAAGAAGCUGCGGCAGGAGGAGAACGUCCACCGAGCCCUGGAGCGGGCGUUCACCAGGCCACUGGGCGCGCUCCCUCGCCUUCCUCCUUACCUGCCCUGUCAGCUAUUGGAGCUUCUGGCGGAGGUGGCUGUGUUGGAGGAGGAGGUUGUCCGGCUCGAAGAGCAGGUGGUGAGUUUCCAGCAAGGCCUCUACCAGGAGGCCAUCAUCGCUUACCUCUCCGGUGGGGGUGAACGGUGCUCGCCGGUGCAGCUCUGGCCGUCACCCCAAGUGCAGAAUUCAGAGGUUUACCCGGCGGCGCGUCAAUGUUCCGAUCAAGAUGCUAAUUGGUCAUCUCUGAAGCGAGUCGACAAUGCGAAGCACACCCCGAUCGGAAAGCCUCUCUGUUCGCCGAGCCAAGGUGAUAGUCCUGGGAAGGAGAACCUGUUGUGCUCCACUAAUUCAUGCAGAGAUUUCAGAUGGCCGCCGACACUGUACUAAUAAU